AUGGGCUCAUGGUGGAAAAAUGACGAACGACCUAAAUUCGUCGAGUUGAGGUCAUCAAGAUGGUUCAUCAUGUUUGUUGUGUCCUUUGCGGCAGGGACGGACAUUUUCAUGUAUGGGCUGAUAGUGCCCGUGACGCCGACUGCCCUAAAGGAUAGGGUGGGACUGUCAGAGGACAGUAUUCAAAGCUGGACCUCUAUUCUUCUCGCUUUGUACGCAGGUUCUUUGCUGGCAUUCGCACCUGUUGUUGGGUACAUUGCUGAUCGAGCAGAGUCGCGUCGAUGGCCGCUACUUGUUGGUCUUAUUGCGCUGGGCGCAGCUACAGCUUUGCUGUGUGUUGGUACCAAUAUUGCGUUGUGGAUUGUCGGGCGCCUAUUUCAGGGUGCUGCGGCUGCAAUUGUCUGGACUGCUGGUCUUGCUUUGAUGGUUGAUACCGUUGGCAAGGAUGGUCUUGGUCAGGCAAUUGGAUAUGUAUCCAUGGCUAUCAGUGUUGGAACGUUGGGCGGGCCUCUUCUCGGUGGUGUCGUCUACCAACAUGGAGGGUACUAUGCUGUCUUUGGCCUUGCGUUUGCUUUUAUUGGACUUGAUAUCGUGUUUCGAUUGAUCUUGAUCGAGAAAAGACAUGCCGACAAAUGGCUUCUGCCGGAGUUGAAACCCCUCCCGGCAGCUGGAGAGAAGUCGACAGAUACAGAGGCAGCAGCGUCUACUGAAACCCCCGUAAUACCGAGAACUGGGUCAGACACACUCACCUCCCAGAACGAUCCUCCUUCAAUCAGUGCUUUCGCGCGUGUCACGACCUUAUUAAGCUCACCCCGUCUCGUCGUAUCUCUCUGGGGAUACUUCGUUAUUUCUCUCGUCUUGGCCUCCUUCGACAGUGUGCUACCACUGUUUGUGCAAGAAACAUUCGGAUGGCAGCAAAGUGGCCAAGGAUUGAUCUUCAUCCCGCUCAUGGUGCCACACCUCAUGGAUCCAAUUACCGGAUGGGCCAUCGACAGAUUUCCCAAAUCCUGUCGCUACUUCACAGCCACAGCAUUUCUGUCUUCUGUCCCUGUGCUGGUGCUCCUUCGGCUUGUGACCGAUAAUUCCAUGCAUCACAAGAUUCUACUAUGUGCCCUCCUUGCUCUGGUGGGUCUCUGCUUUGCCGUAGCUAUGCCACCUCUUGUUGCCGAGACCUUCCAUGCCGUAAAGGAAAAGGAGGAUGAAACGCCCGGUAUCUUUGGCCGUGGUGGAGCCAUGGCUCUUGCUUUUGGCCUGGUCAACAUGGGUUUCGCGGCCGGUGCCCUUAUCGGGCCAUUUUUCGCGGGCUUUAUUCGUCAAAAUGCAGGAUGGGGAACGAUGGGAUGGGCAUUAGCAUUAAUUGCCGCUUUUACCUCGGUUCCGGCCUUGCUAUUCCUUGGUGGAUGGAUUUUGAAGCCAGCCAAAUCGGAAGAUGAAGUUUCAGUGACGGAGAGCACUACCUCUUGA